AUGACUCUUGUUGUCUUCCUGGCCAUCCUGUGCUUGGGAAUGGCCACAGCUGCUUCAUCAUCUGAUCCCAGUUUGGAUUCUGAAUGGCAGGAGUGGAAGAUAAAAUAUGAAAAAAACUACAGUCUGGAGGAAGAAGGACAGAAGAGAACAGUAUGGGAAGAAAAUCUGAAACUGGUCAAACUGUACAAUGCAGAGUAUAAGCAAGGGAAGAAAGGCUUCACCGUGGAAAUGAACGCCUUUGGUGACAUGACUGGUGAAGAAUUCAGGAAAAUGAUGACUGUCAUUCCAGUCCAGACUCGUAGGAAAAGGAAAAGUAUCCAGCCACCUAUGGUCAGUUAUGUCCCCAAAUUUGUGGAUUGGAGAAGAAAAGGCUAUGUGACUCCUGUGAAGAUACAGGGUAGAUGUAAUUCUUGUUGGGCUUUUUCUGUGGCUGGUGCCAUAGAAGGACAGAUGUUCCGGAAAACACGCAGACUGGUCUCGCUGAGUCCACAGAACCUCGUGGACUGUUCCAGACCUGAAGGCAACCUGGGCUGUUAUGAAGGCAAUACAUACUAUGCUUUAAAGUACGUGCAGCACAAUAGAGGUCUAGAGGCUGAGGCAACCUAUCCAUAUGAGGCAAAAGAAGGACCCUGCAGGUACCAUCCUGAACACUCUGCUGCUAGAGUCACAGACUUUAUGUUUGUCUCAAAGAAUGAGAAAGCCUUAAUGCAUGCUGUAGCAACUAUAGGGCCCAUCUCUGUUGGAAUCGAUGCUGGCCAUGAAUCUUUCAAGUUGUAUAAGGGAGGUAUUUAUUAUGAGCCAAACUGCAGCAGUGAAGUCAUCAACCAUUCUGUUUUGUUAGUCGGCUAUGGCUAUGAAGGAAGAGAGUCAGAUGGCAGGAAAUACUGGCUGAUAAAGAACAGUCAUGGUGAAAGAUGGGGCAUGAAUGGCUACAUGAAGAUUGCCAGAGACAGGAACAACCACUGUGGAAUUGCUACAUAUGCCAUCUACCCUAGAGUGUGA